AUGGCUGGCAUUUCUCCGGCUGGGGGUCCCUUCCAGGACAGCCCUACGGAGAAGCGACGUCUGGAGGAGACGCAGGACGACAAGCUGGGCUCCAGCCCUGCGGAUUCCAUCACCGAUGAGGAGAGCAGACCCGCCAGGAAGGGCCACUACGGAUCUACCGAAGACCACGUUUUCUCUGACCCUUCGGUUGCGGACUACUGGCGCAAGGUCUACGAGCAGGCGGGGUACGAGAACCGACACCGUUUCGACCCCACGCUGGAGUGGACUGCCGAAGAGGAGAGGAAGCUGGUGAAGAAGUUGCCCGAGCUGGGCAUGGACACAAACGACUUCAACUAUGGCCAAACUAUUUUCCUCGUGUCAUUUCUCUCGGCCGAACUGCCCAGCGGCCUGAUCAGCAAGAAGCUCGGUGCCGACAGGUGGAUUCCCUUCCUGAUCGUGUCUUGGUCCAUCGUUGCCGGCUCACAGGCGUUCCUGACCAACCGCGCCGGCUUUUACGCCAUCAAGGCUCUGCUUGGGCUGCUGAUGGGCGGGUUCAUUCCGGAUGUCGUAUUGUACCUGACCUACUUUUACAAGUCGAAUGAGCUUCCCGUGAGGCUGGCGUGGUUCUGGACAGCGCUCAGCACGUCGAACAUUGUCGGCUCGCUGGUGGCGGCUGGUGUCCUGCAGAUGCGAGGCGUCAAUGGUUGGGCUGGAUGGCGCUGGCUGUACGUACUCUCCAACGAUGGCGUGUGCCGGCAAACUACUGACAGACUGCCCAGCUUCCUCCUCGAGGCCAUCUUCACCAUCAUCGUCGGCAUCUUCGCGUGGGGCCUCAUGCCACCUGGGCCUUGCCAGACGGCCAACUGGUUCCGCGGUCAGAAGGGCUGGUUCAGCGAGCGCGAGGAGCUCAUCCUCGUCAACCGGCUGCUGCGCGACGACCCGAGCAAGGGCGACAUGAACAACCGGCAGGCGGUGGGCGGCAAGAAGCUCUGGCUCGCCAUCAGCGACUGGGAGCAGUGGCCGCUGUACCUCAUCGGGCUGACGACGUACAUCCCGCCGUCGCCGCCCAACACGUACCUCUCGUUCAUCCUGCGGCAGCUCGGCUUCUCCGUCUUCGAGGCGAACCUGCUGGCGAUGCCGUCGCAGUUCCUCUUCGCCGUCAACCUGCUCAUCGUGUCGUGGGUGUCGGAGCGGGUGCGGGAGCGGGCCAUGGUGUCGUCGACGUCGAACAUUUGGAUCUUUGCGUGGCUCGUGCCGCUCGUGACGCUGCGCGCCGACGCGAGCCCAUGGGUGCGCUACGCGCUGCUGACGGGCCUGCUGAGCUACCCGUACUGCCACGCCAUCCUCGUCGGGUGGAACGCCAAGAACAGCAACUCGGUGCGCACGCGGGCCGUCAGCGCGGCGCUGUACAACAUGUUUGUGCAGAGCGGCAACAUUGUGGCGUCCAACAUUUACCGCGAGGACGACAAGCCGCUGUACCGCCGGGGCAACAAGAUCCUGCUCGGCAUCUGCUGCUUCAACAUUGUGCUGUUCUAUGGCGUCAAGGCGUUCUACGUCUGGCGGAACAAGACGCGUGAUGCCCGGUGGAACGCGCUGACGAAGGAGCAGCAGGAGGAGUACCUGCUGAACACCAAGGAUGAAGGCAUGAAGAGGCUGGAUUUCCGAUUCUCUCACUGA